UUCUUCUUUUUUGUUGUUGUUAGUGUGUGUCCUCCUCUCUCUUUACAGCUUUUUUUCGCUGCGUUUCACAGGUGGACUGUGAGCUGCACUGAACUUUGCAGCUUCCAAACUUCUGAGGAGAGAAAGAAAGAAAAAUAGAGAGAGAGGGAGUGAAAGAGAGAGAGAGAGAGAGAGAGAAAGGGAAGACAAAGACAAUAAGAAAGGCAGAAGAAGAAGAAGGACUCUUUUCUUUCUUUAACCCGGGACUGAAUUUUUUCCUGCUCUGAAAAGUCGACUUUUUCCUCGUUUGAGCAUCCGCGUCUGACAGCAUCACCAGAAUCCAUCGCGGCAGCCAAUCAGGUGUCUCGUGCCGUCAUGUCGGUGCUGCCCCUGCUCAGCUGGACCCUCCUGCUCCUGGUCCAGGUGCGGAGCGGCGGCGGCUCGUCCUCGGACCCGCAGUCCCGGCCGCUGUCCCUCACCGUGCACCCUCACCACCAGGACGCCGCCGCCGCCCACUGCCCGUCCUGCGCGCUGGCCAGGAUGCGGAGGAACGACGGCGGGGUCACGGGCGACACGGCGGGUCACGGCGAGGAGGAGGAGGAGGGGGAGGAGACGGCGGCGGCCGUGGCGGCGGCCCAGCAGGACGUGGUGGAGGCGGUGAAGAGGCACAUCCUCAACAUGCUGCAUCUGCAGGAGCGGCCCAACAUCACCCGGCCCGUGCCGCGCGCCGCCCUCCUCAACGCCCUGCGCAAGCUCCACGUGGGGCGAGUGGCGGAGGAUGGCAGCGUGCAGAUCGAGGGGGAGGAGGAGGCGCGAGGGAGGGGAGGCCGGGGAGGAGCGGCAGCAGCAGGAGGAGGAGCAGCGGCGGCGGCGGCGGCAGCCGGGGCGGGAGACGGCGGCGAGGUGCAGGAGACGACGGAGAUCAUCACCUUCGCCGAGGCUGGUGAGUCUCCUGGCAUGGUGAACUUCGUCCUCUCUAAAGAAGGAGGCGACCUGUCUCUGGUGGAGCAGGCCAACGUUUGGCUCUUCCUCCGUUUGGCCAAGGCCAACCGCAGCCGCGCUAAAGUCACCAUCCGCCUCUUCCAGCAGCGCCGGCAAGGCAACGGACGCCCGUCGCCGCCGCAGGACGAGCUGCUGCUGGCGGAGAAGACGGUGGACACCCGCCGCAGCGGCUGGCACACCUUCCCGGUGUCGGCGGCGGUGCAGGAGGUGCUGGAGAGCGGCGAGAGCACGACGCUGAGCCUCAGGGCGUCCUGCCCGCUCUGCGCCGACAGCGGCGCCACGCUCGUCCUGGUCUCCGGCAACUCGGAGCGCAGCAACCAGCGGGAGCAGUCCCACCGGCCCUUCCUCAUGGCCGUGGUCCGGCAGGGCGACGGCGGCGACUCGCGGCGGCGCCGGAAGCGCGGGCUGGAGUGCGACGGGAAGGUGCGCGUCUGCUGCAAGCGGCAGUUCUACGUCAACUUCAAAGACAUCGGCUGGAGCGACUGGAUUAUCGCGCCCACCGGGUACCACGCCAACUACUGCGAGGGCGACUGCCCGUCCCACGUGGCGAGCAUCACCGGCUCCAUGCUGUCCUUCCACUCCUCCAUCCUCAGCCACUACCGCAUGCGGGGCUACAGCCCCUUCCAGAACCUGCGCUCGUGCUGCGUGCCCACCAGGCUACGGGCCAUGUCCAUGCUCUACCACGGCGAGGAGCAGAAGAUCAUCAAGAAGGACAUCCAGAACAUGAUCGUGGAGGAGUGCGGCUGCUCGUAAAGGACGGGACCGCCUGUCGAA